UAAAUUCCCUCUUCCCACUGUUUUUUCCCUUCGCUCUUUCUUUCCCACACGCAGAUGCAGAUGCUCUCACACACACCUUCUCCUCCUCUCCCCGUAUCCACCGGCAACUGCACCGAGCAGGCUCCCUCACUGAGCCCGUGGAUCUCGUCACUUGACUAAUUAGCCUGGAAGUGCUGUUGAAGAUCAUCAUAUUUAGCUUGCCGACCCAGCAGCAGAGAGCAGACAGAUAUAGACCAGUCUGGCUACAGGCUGAGUGCCUGGCAGUGGGCAGGCUCUCUAUCUCUCUCUAUUCACACUUAGUGCCGAAAGGCUUAUAAGUGGCGGAGCAGCGGAAGUGAGGGGCGGCUGUGCUUUGAAGGAGACGAAAAGAGGAGAAAGAGAGAGAUCGGAGCUGAGACCACAUCCAGACCACACGAUGCGACUUCGCUGCAGAAGCAAAAUCCCCUUAGACUUCUAGAGGCAGCGGCCACUGUUCAGCAGCACUGCUUCCAACACACAGAGACAGAAGAUGAUUGACGGUCAGCGACCAUCGCAGAGGAGGCCCGUGAUGAACCUUACUGCAGACAGAGGCCAGUUGAAAACCAGCACCUACAUUGUGCCCUGUUUCCUCUUUGUGGAGCUGGUGAUCAUGGCAGGGACCGUUCUGUUGGCGUAUUACUUUGAGUACACGGACACGUUCCCCGUGCACAUCCAGGGCUUCUUCUGUUUCGACAAAGCCUACUCAAAGCCAUAUCCAGGACCAGAGGACUACAGCAAGGCGCCGCCGGUCCUGGUCUACUCCCUCGUCACCGCCAUCCCCACUGUGACGAUUCUGAUCGGGGAAGUGACGAGCUUCUUUGUGAAGACGGAGGGAUCUCAGGAGAAGACCAUAGUGACCGCUGACUGCUGUUACUUCAACCCUCUCCUCCGAAGGAUCGUACGCUUUCUAGGUGUCUACUCCUUUGGUCUCUUUGCCACCACCAUCUUUGCCAAUGCCGGUCAGGUGGUGACAGGAAACCAGACGCCUCACUUCCUGUCCGCCUGCAGACCAAACUACACAGCUCUGGGCUGCCAGUCUCCUCUGCAGUACAUCACAGAGAACCGAGCCUGCACGGGAAACCCUUUCCUGGUGGUGUCCGCUCGCAAAUCCUUCCCGUCCAAAGAUGCAGCGCUCAGCUUUUAUUCAGCCAUCUACACAGUGAUGUAUGUGACGUUGAUGUUUCGGACCAAAGGAACCCGUCUGAUGAAGCCCACCCUGUGCCUGGUGCUGCUGUCUCUGGCGGUGCUGGUCGGCGUGGUGAGAGUGACGGAGCACAGGAACCACUGGAACGACGUCCUGGCCGGUUUUGUCACAGGAGGGGCCAUCGCUGCAUUCCUGGUGUCCUGCGUGAUCAACAAUUUCAAACCAACUAAGCUAGCAGCGCCGACUCCGCCUCCCCCUACCCCUCCACAGCGCCCUGAAGCCCCCAUCAGCCUGCCUCUGAUCAGCCUGCCCCGCGUGGAGAGUCCACUCGAAAAGCUCCAGGGCUACCAUAUUCUGAGAUCACAUGACCAUCAGCCAACCCUGCCCCCCGCCCCGCCCGAUGUGCUCCUCCCCUCAAGACGUUGCCUCACCAGCUCAGUCUAGACCUGCCCCGUGAAAUCCCCCCGCCCUGCCCCGCCCACCCUGAAGGACGAAAACCUCUGAGGCGAGUCAAAUCCACGCAGGUGUGAGGCUUCACUAAUCACCGAGGACAAAGCCUGGAGCCAGCGGGGAAACAAAGACCUGUCGCCCCCUCUCCCUGCGAUGCUCUGUUUUGUCCUUCAAGAUGGCCGCCCUUUUCUCUUGGGUGUAACAGAUCCAUGAAAAGACUCUUUAAGGCCAGAGCUGUUAAAGCAAUACUGUGUCCUGUUUCCUUGCGGUUUUCCACAAAGAUUCAACGGUGACUCUAAAGACUGUUGGCUGGUGAUGACUUGAUAUUUCCAAUCAAAWARAAAAAAAAAAAAAAAAAAACUCAGCUGAGCUGAGGGUCACAAGUGGAUUUUCCUCAAGAUCAUUUUGUUAUACUCAGGACAAUUAGGGGAAACAGCUGAAAGAAGACCUUUAUGUAAUAAUGCCGGUACCGUUGAGUGACAUGGUGCAGAUUUUUGGUUCUGUACACAAGGAGAGAUGUUGUCGUCGAGGGAAGCACUUUUGUAAAUUAUAGCACAGAUGAACCAGUUUAAAACUCAGUAAACAAUGUUGUAACUUUCAGUUUUGAUUUUAAUUGUGCAACGUGAUAGAAGAGCGGUUUAUACACACUAGGGCUUUGCUUUUGAUACCGGUUUUUCUUUUGUUUAUUCACUCCUGAAUCGGAUUGUCAUCAACUUUUCAAAACUAUAACAUUAAUGUUGCAGUGUGUUUCAGAUGUCUGUUAGUUUGAUGUCCAUGCUGUGCAAAAUCUCCAUGUGGAGUUUUUAUUGUUCACUUGAAGUAAAACGCAUUACUCUUUUAGUACUUCACAUAAUCUAUUAACCAAAUUUAUGUCUCAUGUUUUCUCUGUUGAUGCACAUCUAAAUACAUGGCAACAAUAUGGUGGUACUUACAUCUAAAAUCAGUUACAAAUACAUGAACUGGAUUUUAAAGAGAAAAGCUGGCUGCUGUUUGAAUUAGGCAUGGAGUAGAAUAAUAUUUUCACAUUAUGAUGACCCUGAGUAAAAACCCCACAGUGUCACAGUAUCAAGGUAUUUAAAUGAGUUUAAGAAACGUGCAAUAUGAUCUAAUUGCUUCUAUUUAAACUAUAGGGUUUUUAAAAUGUAAAUUUAACCCAUAUAUGAUUUUUAAAUACACUGACUUGAAAUUACUAUGAUAUGGUAUUAACAAAGAUCAUAAAUGUUACUAUUUGUACUGUCAGCACAUACUUGGGCUUUUGGUUACAUGAAACAAAACAUGAUACAAAAUUUUAAAUACAAAAUAAAUAUUUAAAAAAUCAGAUGUUAUUAAAGCCUGUCAGGUGUAAGUCAGUAAUAAUCAACAAUCUGAAUUAAUUAGCUACAACAACAUUUAAUUUCCUUUUGAGAUUAAUAAAGUAUUUUUGAAUUUGAAGGAAAGAAAUCUGAUAAUUAAGCCUACAUCAAGAUUUUCCACUCGAGGCCUCACAUUCCACUUUUUACGUCUUAAAUUUCUACAUUUGUUCCUUCCUGCUUCAUCUGUGAAAUGUUUUUUUUUGUCAUUUUGUUUGUUUUACUAAUGUAUUGGCAGCACUGAUUCGUUCUGUUUGGUGGCUGAGGAAUUUAGCAAAAUGGAGGACAGCCAACAGCUUCGUAGGAAUGAAUUAUCACCAAACUCUCAAACUAAAUCAAAUUUUGCUCUGAAAUUUUCUACAUUUUAAUUUGCUUAGGUAACUAAAAUUAAAUAGUUCUAGCUACCGUAUCCACUGCCAGCUCCUGUUUGCUUAACAAGGUGUUUGCUUAACAAGGUUUGGCUUAAAAGCAGUCUUUGAUCGUUGGCCAAAGACUGCCAGCUACCAUUGACAAAAAGUUUUCUGUGUACUGAGUAAGAAGGAGUAAGAAAGUGAUGAAGUGAAGUAACAUACACGCCAAAGUAAAACAAGAAUGAAAAAACCCUCAAACUUAAGUUAUUUUUCACUUGCAUUGUAAGGUGAGCAGAAUUCCUGUCAUUGUAAAUAAGUGAUUCAGAUGGACCGACCUUGCAUAAUAAUAAUAAUAAUCCCCAAUAAUUUUAAAAAUGUUUUAAGUAAUGUUAAAUUUGAGCGGCUGAAAAUUGUUCGUAAAUAGAAAACUAACGAUUAUACCUGCUGCUGCUAAAAUGAUAACACUGAUAUUAUCUUGGCUAAGAUAUUUAUUGCCUUUCUUGUUUCAUUCAGAGGUUUAAUCCCUUGCUACCUGAAUUUACUUAGAAUUACGUAAAAAGCCAAUUAUGUUUGUUUCAUUUUUGAUACAGGUGCUAAAUAAAGAAUAUUUUUUUAAAUUGAAUAAAGCACAUAGAGUAGAUACAAAUGUAGCUAUUUGAUAUCUAAAUUAGCAAAAUGAAGCUCAAUUGAUUAUAACUCUAGCCACUAGGUGGCAGAUGUGUCAGAGUAGAAGUAGUAGAAGAAGAAACAAAACAUCAAAGCUUCUUUUGAAGAAAUAAGAAAUCAGCAGUUUUCCCACUAAGAACAAUUUGUCUCUUAUCCAGAAACAAUAAGGACUCAAACACCGUGUUGAUAUUCUGGCAAGACUCCUUAACUGUCCGUAUUUCAUUCUACCAAAAAUAUUUCCAGCUAAAUUUCUCUUUUAUUCCUUGGAGAGUGAAUGCAGCAUGUUGUUAGGGGGAGUGCAUCUCUUCUGUGCCCCAGAAUAAUAAAUCUCCAGUCACUCAAGCACUUUAUUUGUCAUCUCAUUAAAAAAAAUCCUUCAAGCCAUAAAAAUUCCAUGACAGAAACAUUUGACAAUUUUAACUUUUUUUUUUUUAAAUCCUCGUAAUACCUUGAUACCUGUGAGCAGCCCAAGCCUAAUUUGACUGAAUCUAUCUGGUCCAGUCAUUCAAAGGCUUCUCUUCAACAUGUUUUCCUCACACUGACUGAGUUUAUUGGCGGCAUUGAGACCUCUGACUUUGGUAGAGUAUUGUACAGUGCUUAGGUUUCUUCAAAACAUAUAUGAUGUUAUCAUCCAGUUUGUAUGGUUCUGAUAAUGUGAAGCUACCUAAAACGUUCUUGCGGCAUGGCGGACGGCUGUAAAGCAGGAAGAGUUUAAAGAGUUUAAAACCAAGCCAGCCUGCAGUCGAUGCGUUGCAUGGCUCACAGCUGGCUCAGCUCUGCUCAGUUUAAAAGGAAACUGCAGGUUCUUAAAGUAAGAAGAAAGUGUGUUAUAUACAAAAGACGUCCUAAUGGGUUUCUUAUGUGUGUGCGCUUGCUGUGUGUAUGUGCGUGGGGGUGCGUGUGUGUGUGUUUGGACUUAUUUAGAUCUGCGUGUGCGUGUCUGUGUGUGUGUGCGUAUUUAUAAUGAGCACAUUGUAAGGCAGGACAACUGUUAAUUUGGCAGCCUGUUUUUCUUAAGUUAAACUGUCAAAAGUAGCUGCUAUAAUUACACACUCACACUCGUUUGUAACUGCAGGCCUCCGAAGGACCCCUGCCAAGGCGUCCUAACAAUGCCGGUUAAAGCAGAAGGUGCUCAUUAUAGCUUUGAGAUUACCUACAGUAUUGUAAGUCUGUUUUUAUUUUCUUCUUUUUUUUAAGAAAAAAAAAAAGUGACUACAUCCCCCCUCUGGCGAGAUAACGUUAUUUUCAUGUUAAAGUCUCUGUUUUGUAUUUAUUUACCAAAAUAAACUGCAAUUACCACUUAG